AUGCAGACGGAAGACGAACACGACGAUCAGUCAGUGAUUCCAGUAGGUUAUGUGGACUCCCAGACAUCCGUUGUGUUUUUGGUUUAUCGAUGUUGGAUGUGCUCUGAAGAGUUCUUUGAUAAGCUCAGCAUAUUAAGACACCUGAAGAGUAAACAUGUUGAUCGCACCGAGCUGAAAGGCAUCGAGAAAAGAAUGAAAACACCAAUAUGCCUGACAUGUGGUUCUGCAGAGCCCUGCGAACACCUGUCAAAGGACAACCCUCAGAGUGAAGAUACAGUAGACGAAGACGAGGACAUCGGUGAUGAAGAAGACAGCAGCUGCACAUCCAGACCACGUGUGAUUGCCUGUGUUACAUGCGCGGCACCCUUCACCGACCCGGUGUCUCUCCGGGAACAUCGAAGAAAGGACCACCCACUGGACAAGAGCUACCAGUGUUCUUACUGCACCAGCACCUUCAUGAAGCACAGCCACCUGGUGGUUCACACCCGCAUCCACACGGGGACUCGGCCGUUCAUCUGUGAAGAGUGUGGCAACAGGUUCCCCAAGAGCAGCGACUUGAAGAGACAUCAGAGGGUUCACAGUGGUGAGAAACCAUACAGGUGUGCUCUAUGCAACCAGUCAUUCACCCAGAAGUGCAGCUUGGAGAAGCAUGCCAAAAUCCAUGCCAAACAUAUCGGAGGCUACCCCUGCCUGAUGUGUGGGCUGGUGUUUACGGACACGGACACGCUGGGCGAGCACACACAGCUGACACACACCGAGGUCAGCUGGAAGUGUAAACUGUGUGGGAAGUUCUUUGCCGAGGAGCGGCACAUGAUACUGCAUGAAAAGUGCCACCAGACUAUUAAAGCAUUUUCCUGCAAUUUCUGUCCCAAAUCCUUUGCGACACGUGUGUUACUUCUCAAACAUGAGGAGACCAUACACGCCUCCAACAAGGAGAUCAAGUGUGAGGAGUGUGGCAAGCAGUUUAAGAGGAGGGAAAACUUAACUAGACAUGUGCUCUCCCACACAGGAAUCAAAAACCACAGGUGCGAGGUAUGUGGCAUGGCAUUCACAGAAAAGGGUUCCCUAACCCGCCACACCAAGUCCCAACACGAUCUGCUGCGCCCUCAUGUGUGUUAUGUGUGCCAGCGAUCUUUCACCCGGCGGAUUUUGCUGCGCAAACAUAUUGACCGCCUGCACUCUAACAAGGAAGUCGAUGUCAAUUCCCAGAAUGUUGCGUAUUUUAGAUGUAAACUCUGCCAGAAGUUGCUGAAAAGAUCAGGCAUUUCCCAGCAUAUGAAACAUCACAGAACCAAAGGGGACACCUGGGAGGGAAGUAUAGAGGAAAUCGACCCAUCAGAGGUCAAAGAAGAAGUCAACGAAUUUGAAGACUAUGAUUACCAGAACGACAUAGAAAGUGAUGAUGAGAAAGCUGAGGGAAAGGCCAGUCAGUGGGACAGUGAUUCCACAGAAGAGUAUACUGACACGGAAGUAGGGCCAGACGAUGGGAAUAAAACAGGCCCACCUGAUGAUGGUGGGUCAAGUUGGAGUCAGUUUGUGGCAAGUGAAAAUGGAGUGGGUAAUCAAAUACAAAACCACGGCUACUGA